AUCUUGGAGUGUCAGAAGGAUGUUCUAAGUAAAAAGCUGCAUUUUAUGUAUUAGUUCAAUUAUUCAAAUAUCCCUGUCUUCUCAGUCCUUCACUAUGUUGAUCCUCAAUAAUACCAAUGCUCAGCCUCCGACCUUCUUCCUGACGGGUAUUCCAGGUCUGAGCACAGCCCAGGUCUGGAUCUCCAUCCCCUUUUGUCUCCUGUAUGUCGUCGCCCUCUCUGGAAACAGCAUGAUCCUGUUUGUAGUCCUCCGUGAGCAGAGCCUCCAUGAGCCUAUGUAUUAUUUUCUCUCCAUGCUCUCAGCCACAGACCUGAGCUUGUCCCUGUGCACACUUUCCACGACCCUUGGUGUCUUCUGGUUUGAAGCCCGAGAGAUCAACUUAAAUGGCUGCAUUGCCCAGAUGUUCUUUCUGCAUGGAUUUACUUUCACGGAGUCUGGGGUUCUGCUGGCCAUGGCCUUUGACCGUUUUGUGGCCAUCUGUGACCCACUGAGAUACACCACCAUCCUCACCAAUGCCAGGAUUGCCCAGAUUGGAGUGGGCAUGUUGAUAAGAAAUGUGGCUGUCAUGUUGCCAGUUGUGCUCUUUGUCAAGAAGCUGUCCUUCUGUGGUUCUAUGAUCCUUUCACAUUCUUACUGUUACCAUGUUGAUCUCAUUCAACUCUCAUGCACAGACAACAGUGUCAACAGCAUCCUUGGUCUGCUGGCUCUCUUCUGCACUACGGGAUUUGACUGCCCUUGCAUCUUGCUUUCCUAUAUCCUGAUCAUCCGAUCUGUCCUCAACAUUGCUUCCUCAGAGGAACAGCAGAAAGCCUUCAACACCUGCAUAUCCCACAUCAGUGCUGUUGCCAUCUUCUACAUUCCCCUUAUCAGUCUGUCUCUUGUCCAUCGUUAUGGCCAUUCAGCACCUGCAUUUGUCCACACCAUCAUGGCCAAUGUCUUCCUGCUCAUUCCUCCUGUGCUCAACCCUGUCAUCUACAGUGUGAAGACUAAGCAGAUUCGAAAGGCCAUUGUCAAGAUUUUAAUUCAGCAGCAGCUCCAUAUCUAAUUAUCAGUUAUCUCAGAGGAGUGAUAAAGCCAUUUGUGGAUACAUCUUUUGGUAGAAUGGGUUUAAUUGUACUCA